AUGGCCGCCGACCUGGGCUCUCCUCAGCGGUUCUUCCACAUGCCGCGGUUCCAGCACCAGGCCCCGCGGCAGGUCUUCUACAAAAGGCCUGACUUCGCCCAACAGCAGGCCAUGCAGCAGCUGACCUUCGACGGCAAGCGCAUGAGGAAGGCCGUCAACCGCAAGACCAUCGACUACAACCCCACGGUCAUCCGCUACCUGGAGAACCGACUGUGGCAAAGAGAUCACCGGGAUCAGAGGGCGAUCCAGCCAGACGCAGCCUGUUAUAAUGAGCUCGUGCCUCCACUGGGCAUGCUCAGUAACCCUAUGAACGCCGUCACCACCAAGUUUGUCCGAACGUCAACGAAUAAAGUCAAGUGUCCAGUAUUCGUCAUCAGGUGGACGCCUGAAGGCCGCCGUCUCGUCACCGGAGCGUCCAGUGGAGAAUUCACACUGUGGAACGGACUCACCUUCAACUUCGAGACCAUCCUGCAGGCCCACGACAGCCCGGUGCGAGCCAUGACCUGGUCUCAUAACGACAUGUGGAUGUUAACGGCCGACCACGGAGGCUACGUCAAGUACUGGCAGAGCAACAUGAACAACGUCAAGAUGUUUCAGGCACAUAAGGAGGCCAUCAGGGAGGCCAGUUUCUCUCCGACCGACAACAAGUUUGCCACAUGCUCCGAUGAUGGAACUGUUCGCAUCUGGGACUUCAUGCGCUGCCACGAGGAGAGGAUCCUCCGAGGUCACGGUGCAGACGUGAAGUGUGUGGACUGGCACCCGACCAAAGGCCUGGUGGUGUCGGGAAGUAAGGACUCACAGCAGCCAAUCAAAUUCUGGGACCCAAAGACCGGACAGAGUCUGGCAACACUGCACGCACACAAAAACACGGUGAUGGAGGUGAAGUGGAACCUGAACGGGAACUGGCUCCUGACGGCGUCUCGGGACCAUCUGUGCAAACUGUUCGACAUCCGCAACCUGCGCGAGGAGCUGCAAGUGUUCAGGGGCCACAAGAAAGAGGCCACAGCCGUGGCGUGGCAUCCGGUGCACGAGGGUCUGUUUGCGAGCGGAGGUUCUGACGGCUCGCUGCUCUUCUGGCAGACAGGGGUGGAGAAGGAGGUGGGCGGCAUGGAGAUGGCCCAUGAGGGGAUGAUCUGGAGUCUGGCCUGGCAUCCGCUGGGACAUAUCCUGUGCUCGGGAUCCAACGACCACACGAGUAAAUUCUGGACCAGGAAUCGUCCCGGUGACAAGAUGAGAGACCGCUACAACCUGAACCUGCUCCCGGGGAUGUCAGAGGACGGGCUGGAGUACGAUGAUGUGGAGCCAAACCCCCUGUCGUCGAUCCCGGGAAUGGGGAUCCCAGACCAGCUGAAGGCGGCGAUGGAGCAGGAGCAGAGCAAUAAAGACGCGGCGGACGACCUGGAGAUGUCCAUCCCGGGGCUGGACUGGGGCAUGGACGAGGUCAUGGGCAAAGACUCAAAGAAAGUCCCCCAGAAGAAAGUUCCCUACGCCAAGCCAAUCCCAGCGCAGUUCCAACAGGCUUGGGCUGAGAAUAAGGUCCCUCUGGCUCCUCCCCCUGGAAUGGGCCCCGACCGAAAACUCGACCAGGGCCAAAACCCAAGUGACAUGGGCCCAAUGCAGUUCCAGAACCCACAAAUGAUGCAGAUGAAGAUGAACCCAGACAUGGGCCCCCCUCCGGGCCCAGGGCACGGUGGCCCUGGGGGUCCCAUGGGGCAGUUCCCUGGGGGCCCAGGGUCUGGGGGGCCUCCUCAAGGCUUUAACCCCAAAAUGGGCCCCGGAGGGCCACCCUUCAUGGGCCCUGGACACAUGGACAUGCAGCGUCACUCUGGACCCCCCAGGAACAUGGGCCCCCAGGGGCCUCAUGGCAUGGGCCCCCCCAGGGUUAUGAUGGGCCCUCCUCCGAGAGGUAUGGGCCCCCACGACCAACAGAUGGGCCCUCAGGGAAACAUGAUGGGCCACCCCAGAGGCCAUGGCCCCAACAACUUCAUGCAGGGACCAGGGAACAUGGGCUCCCAAGGGCCUGGAAACAUGGGUCCCCAGGGACCAGGAAACAUGGGAUCCCAAGGGCCUGGAAACAUGGGGCCCCAAGGGCCUGGGAACAUGGGGCCCCAGGGACCUGGAAACAUGGGACCCCAAGGGCCUGGGAACAUGGGGCCCCAAGGGCCUGGGAACAUGGGGCCCCAGGGACCUGGAAACAUGGGACCCCAGGGACCUGGAAACAUGGGACCCCAAGGGCCUGGAAACAUGGGGCCCCAAGGGCCUGGGAACAUGGGCCCCCAGAGGCCCUUCAUGCACCAGGGGCAGAACCAGGGGCCAAUGAUGCACGGCAUGGGCCCCCAGGGGCAACAGGGGCACCAGGGGCCUAACAACGACCCCCGGGGGCCCCCACACCACAUGGGCUCCUCUCAGGACCAGUACUGGGAGCAGGACUAUGACUCUGGGAAGGACUGGAGGCCCCAAGGCUUUGGAGGAGGGGGCCGGGGCCACAGGGGCGGAAAUGGCGGAAACUGGGGUCCCGAGGGCUUCGGUGGGGAAUUCAGAGGGGGCCGUGGGUUCAGAGGGGGGGGCCGCGGGGGCCACAACAGAGGUUUCCAGGAAGAGUAUGGGUCCCAAGACGAAGGCUUCGAUGAGUCUGAAGACAGAAACUGUGGCUGGAACGGGAGAGGAGGCCCCAGAGGAGGCCCCCGAGGAGGAGGGCCUUCCAGAGGAGGAGGACAUGACGGCUUCCAGGGGCCCAUGAUGGACCAGGGAGGCCGGUCGGGGUCUCUGCAGGAGAUGGACAUGUCCUCACUGCCCCCAAGAAAGCGGCCCUGGCAGGAAGGCCCCGGGACAGAGGAGGGCCCAGAGGGUCGACCACGUGAAGACGGAGGAUUUGGGCCCCCACCAGGACGUGGACGAGGUUGGGGUCCCCGGUCCAGAGGAGGGCCCCCCAUGAGAAGAGGGAGGGGCCGCUAG